UAUUUUCAAUAUUACCUCUCUGAGUUUGAGCGUCUUUCCCAAAACUACAAAAUGCAACUUUUAAUGACUUUAAUGCAAUUUUAGUCACUUGUUGGUCACUUAACUAUAGAACAAUAAGCUGAAGCUAUGAACUGACAUUCAGCUAGUUUAAAGUAGGGGACAAAUAACAACCGGAAUAAUAUCAACAUUACUUAGCUUAUAACAUCAAUACUUUAGAGAAACUUUCCUUGCUCUAUGCGCAUAGGUUCGGAAUGUAAAUACACUCAAAACUUAACUUAAAUAUACUCUCUUCACUGCAAACAUGUGCAGGUGUAAUUCACAAGCUAACUUGACGAGCUGCACCGCAUUUUUUGCCGGAAUGGCGCAAUCAUUACCGCGGGCUCAUUAGCCGCACCUGCGUCACGGAAGCGGACACCACCGUGUGGCGCUGCUCGCCGGCCAACUCACAUUCAAGUCCUGCACACAGAUUAACGACAGGCUGCCUCCAGCCGGCUCAUGGAGAGGGGAGCCCUGCUUGUCCGCACCGGGCGCACGUUGAUCGGAUGCCUUUCACCACAGCAGCCUCGUUAGAUGAUUUCCAUUCAGGAUUAAUUGGUUGACCAAUGGCUCCCAAACAUGCGCUCCUCUCCAGCAACGGCAGCAGUGGUCCCCGGGUUGAAGGUGUUAAUAGGCCGAAUAAAGGAGCCUCCUGUUCUUCUUCUCCGGCGCCAUGGACCAUGAAUGCGGGGAUGGUGGCCGUCUGUUCGCCGAGGAACGGGAAGAGGACGCGGGCGCUGGAUGGGAUGCUGGCCCGCUGGAUUGUGACCAUCGGCGCGGUGCUGAUGCUGAUGAUGCAGAGCUCGUUGGCCGCUGACGCUGAUGGAGGUCACCAGGAGUCAAUGAGACGGGCUGUCUUUCCUCCAGACCCCGCAGUGCCCUCCCACCUCUCUGCUACCCAUGAGAUUAGGGACAAAGAUGCAAUGGCUGGGACUGAUGUCGAUCUUGGAAAUGGACGCAGAGCUUGGCCUGAGGGUAAAGUGUUUGCUGGGGCCGGAGCAGCAGUUUGGACUGAAACAGAGGCCGAAGUUCGUGCUGGGGCAGGUGGCAAAGUCUUUGCGGAGACUGAGAUUAUGAGGGGAACCGGCGCCUGGGCAGAAGUCGGGGCUGAAUGGAGACCGGGGUCCACAGAGGGAGGUGACCUGCCAAGCAUGCCCAGGGAGCCGGCUGCCUGGCUGGGGCAGCAGACGCGUCGAGUGGGCCAAAGAGAGACGGCAGCGUUUUUAUCAGUCCCCACCAUGCUGGCAGAGACAGUGGAGCUGCAGGCACCAGUGUUACGAAAACCUUUAGGGCUGCUGUCUAAAGCUGCUUGGACCAAAGGCUCCUCUUCAUCAUCAUCCAAGACCUCCUCCUCUUCCACCUCCUCGUCCACAACAAAAGCAUCUUCUUUGCCAUCCUCCUCCUCCUCCUCCUCCUCUUCCUCUCCCUCUUCCUCCUCUAUUUCCUCCUCCUCUUCCGCUAGUAACAGAGAGAGUCAGACAGCAGCAUCAAGCAACGUCUCUCUGGUUGAUGUCAACAGCAACUCCUCCAAUAGCAACAUCAGCUCCACUUUGGAUGAUUCAGUGAGCAGCUUGCCAGCGUGGGAUCUCCCCACUGUCCCCGAGUCGCUCCUGUCCACAGUGGGUGACCACGAUGUCACACUUCCUGCCAAUGUCACCAGCCCUUUCUCCACCCACCAGUGGAACACCACUGUGCCCGUGCACACAAGAAACACCUCACGGCACACGACCACAUCAGCCACCACUCUAUCACCCACCACCACCUCAACUUUAUCAUUAUCCAGCACAGCAAGAGCACAAACGCCAUCAGCAGCCCCCACAGUCUCUUACACCACGAGCCAGGACACUGUGACCAAUGACAGCCUUCAGCUGACCACAGUAACCACGACGACGCCCUCAACGACCACUCUUACUGUGACUGCUACUGAAAUGAUAACCCAGGCGAUGACCACUAGGAGCGACAUAACAGCACCAACGAACACCACUGCUGCUACAACCGCGCAGCAAACAACGAGCCUCAAACCAACCACAGCAGCUACAACUCAGCCUACAACCACCACAACAACCACACCUCCCACGACCACCACCACUACUACUGUUGCCCCAACCACCAGCACCACCACUACUCCAUCCCCCACUACUACAACUACUACACCUGCAACAACUACUACUACCACUACUGCUGCCACCACCACAACUACUACUACUACAACCACAACAACAAAGUUACCUUCCACCACUGUGUUCAUCCCCGUCCAAACCACGCCACCUCCAACAACGACCACAGAACCUCCAUCCAGUACCAGUGCAGAGGAAGGUCCUCUACCAUGCAAUGUGACAGAAAAGUAUUGGGUCAGAACAGUCCUGUCUAUUGAGAUGCGUAGGAACCGUCUGGACCUGAUUCUGAAACAGAACCUCUCUAAAGGACUGAGUCACGCCCUGCAGAGAGCUCUGAAUGACUCCACAGCCUCAGCACAGGUGGAGCGUGAUGACUGCAGCCCCAACAAUGUGUCGCUGGGUUACUACGUGACCAGCGGCAAAGCUGUCUAUGUUUCCUCCUUGGUGGUUGAGGCGCUGAAUGUUUACGGUUUUGACAAGCUGCUGUCAGACAUCAGGCAGCACACUCCGUUGGUCAAGGCAGUUCUUGUUCCCGUGGCAACCUGGGUGCCCAUUCCAAGCAUUCACCUGCAGCUGAAAACAGUGUUGAGGUUUGUUGGCCCAACAGAUAACAUCUACUCCUGCAGUUUCGUCCAGAUGUUGGAGCAGAGGCUGGAAAAUGCCUUUGAAGAAGCUCAGGACAAAGUACUGGAGACCUACAACAGACUCACUGUGGAGAUCCAGAGUGUGUCCCAGGAGCCGGGCACUCCAUCAGUCUCUCUGGUGUAUGUGGUGAAAAAUCAGGACGCAAUUCUUAAUGGGACGAUCUCCAGCGGCCUCCUCAACCAGCUGACCGCAGAGCUGGUGGGAUACUUUCUGUUCUACCCUCCCCUGGUCAUUGCUGAACCCCUUGAAUACCAUAAUCUCAACACGUCGAUGGCAACCAAGAACUACUGGGUGAAAACAGUGAUCCAGGACGUGGACAGCUCCUCCCUGGAGGCCAACUAUCAGAGCUUUGCCAGCUUGAUGGAGCAGCGGCUGGCUGAGCUGUUCUUGGUGGCCGGCCGACAGGGUUCUCGGACGGUGCGUUCCCGGCGGGCCACCACUGUUGGGGGCUACACCGUACAGAUGGUCAGCAUGCGUCGACUGCCUGGUCCCAAGAACCCAGCAGAGAUGACAUACUAUGUCCAGCUGAAUGGAGCACCCAUCACUGGAACCAACGCUGCCAAGACCCUGAGCAGCCUGGACUCCCAGACCAUGGCCCUGACACUGGGAUACUUUGUGCAAGUGCAGGCUGAACCUGUGGUGAAGACGCCACCCGGCAACCUCUGGAUCAUGGCCGUUCUGACGCCUCUGUUCCUGUUGAUGGUGGUGAUCGGCAUGGUGGCCUUCAUUCUUUGUCAGAGGAACAGGGUCAUCUUCAAAACGGGCGCCUUCAGGAACUUCAAAACCCGCUCCAAAACCUCAUAUCGAAGGGAGGGCAGUUACCACCACCAGCCUGUCCAGGGCUUUGACUAUGCCAAGAAGCACAUGGGAAGAACAGGUGAUGAGGCUACCUCUGUUACCAAGGAGACGCUGGUGCUAGGGCUGCCUGUACGAGAUGCUCCACUGUCACUGUCAUUGGAUAAGAAGGUCCACCAGGAUGGGACUGGCAGCAAGAGGCCUCCAUCUGCUGACAUACACAAAGGAGGGCGGUUGCCAAGCGAGGAGGAUGGCUCGAUGUCGAGCAACGGCUCUGGGAAGCUGAACACUAGCAAGAGCUCCUCGGCCCGAAGGACGACGACCGGCAGCAGCAGCAAGAACGGCAAAGAGGAGCUGCACAAGAGAAGCACCAACGACCCGUAUGACGACCAUUCAGGCUCCCUGCGUCUCAUCACUAUCAAACCCAUGACAGCCCAGCCAACCUACUCCUACCCCUCCUCCUCAUCCCACAGCCAAGACUCUGUGGUCAUCAACGGGGAGGUAAACCAUGGUGGGUUGAAGCAGAAGUCGGACAUCGAGCACUACAGGAACAAACUGCGUCAAAAGGCUCGGAGGAAAGGGUACGGCGAAUUCUCCCUGUCUGAGAGCGGCAGCCAUGGGUAUAGUCACCGUGACACCAGGCACAGUCGCCAUGACGGGGUCAAGGAGCCGAUGACCGCAGAGGAGAAGAGGGCCUCCUUCGCAGGAUGUCACAAAAGGUACUCCCACCCACGAGAGCCUACCUACUGGAGCCGACAGUCUCUGAGCAGCCCGAGCCCAGUGGAGACAGAGAUGGACCUGCUGGUGCUGAGAGAAAGAUCCAGGAGGGGCAUCCGCAACAACGGCUAUGAUGGUGAACCAGAACCGUUUGAGGAGACCAACGUGGACCGUCUGAUGAGCUCUCUGGGUUAUGGAGGUGGAUCUACUGGCACUGGAAACGGCAGCUUGGGGGUGAAAGCUCACCGCGGCUCCGACUCCUCCACACUCAGCUCUCAGCCGUCCAUUGACGAGGUCCGCACGCAGAUGCAUAUGUUGCUAGGCAACGCCUUCAGCCUGGCACCUCCGGACCAUGACCCUCCUUCUCCUCCAACCAACAGUCACCACCAUCACCACCACCAUGCCCACAGAGCCUAUAACCCGUCCCACACCAGCCACUACAGUGACGGGGUGACCAGCGCCCCAGGGACCAUGAACCAUCCCUGUGGAGGCAGGCAGAGGAGCACAGGCUAUGAGGACAUGCACCAGUGUAGCCUGCCCAAACCAGGUUUCCGGUUCACACAGCUUCCUGAUAUGGGCAUUGGGUCUCCCCCACCUCUGAUCCCCUCAAGACCAGGACCACCACCUGGGACCUCACUACGACGUUCCACUCCUGAUGUUAGCCUGAAGCCUCGUGUGUCGGAGGCGUCAGACCUGCAGGCCCAGCAGCACAAUGGCGCCCCGUACCUGCCUCUGUCCAGGACCCCCUUCCCUGCUGUCACCGUCGACCAGUCCAUCUCCACCUACUCAGGAAACCCAAUAACAGCAGUGUACGCUAUAUCAGCCAACCGUCCGGGUUACUCAGACUACUUUGUCAUGUCACCGCCAUCCUCAUACCGUAGCCCGUCCUGGAUGUCCUACCCACCUGAGCCAGAAGACCUGCCGCGGCAGUGGAACGACACACCGAACUCACGUCAUCUUGAAACCAUCUGCUGAAGUCGUCUGCCUGUGACACUGAGUGGAAACAGCCAGUAACUUGGUGUCUCUUUGGACGGGCAGACGACCUCCCUCAGAGGAACUCUCUGGAGCUUUAUCACCUCUCUUUCUCUCUGGCCCAGCGUUCCUCCUGUCUGAUUCAUUCAUGCCCAGUGGACCCCACUCUGCCCUCACUUCAUCCCCAGCUCCACCUCUCUCCACUGGCCUGGCCUCCGUUUAUCCUCUCUCUCAGCCUGCUUCAUCUGCAGCUCAAGCGAUUCUCAUCCUCAGAACUCCUGUGCCCCAUGAGCCCCUUCACCUGAUAUAAGCUCUCCUCACCAGUGAAAAUCUUCAGCCAUAAUUCUCCCUUUCUUGUAUUCUCUCUGCUCCCUGAGCCCCCGGCCACACUGGGCCGUAUGGGCCCCUCGUCACUAUUUAUGUAGACUGCCUCUUCUGUGGUGACCACCACUGAACAGCAAGAGGCCCCUCACACUGCUGAACUAAACUGAGCUGAGCUGCGUGAAGCUGUACUGUGCUGCCCUGAGUAAUAACACACACGUGCAGUGUGGAUGAACAGGGCGAGUACAGUACAGUGUAACAAGGGCGACCUUCCAACUUGUUCUCUGUCCCAGCAAUCAUCGUACAGUAACUGCCAUCUGCCCAGCACACGAUGGCACACAGCGCUGCGUUAACAGUACGGUAGUGCCCCAGCAAUGGCCGGUCAUCUACUCUUCUUCUGAGCUGGACUGGACUGGACCAUCCUGGACUUGCCCCUAAGGUCAACCACGAAGCCAGGAAAGCUGGACUGACUUAAAACUGUGCUUUUUUUGAUGAAUCCAAAUUCCUAUGUAAACCUUCUACAGCUGGUUAAUAUGUGUAUUUUAAACUUAAGUGAGAAAAAAAAAUUUAAGGAAAAAAAAUCUCUUGUCUUGAGCUGUCUCAAUUUCAGUUUUUGAAUAUUUGUGUGCUUUUGUCUUUUAUUUUUGUGCAUUGAUUAUUAUCAAUGGAUUACUGUACAAAAAAAGACGUAGUGAGUGUUUACCGUUCACUCACUUUAUUUCAAGGCAAAAAAAAAAAAAAAGUUACAUUCUUCAAAACAGAAAUCGGCGGCUUAGUUGUCUGUGGUUAUGAUGGCAUUUCUGUACUUUUAAGAAUAAUUACUUCAUUUACUUUUUUCCGUCAUCAGAUUCAGAAAUGAAAACAAGAAUUAGUCACUAUGUUCUGUCCAUCAUCUGAUUAUGAAGUUUUUGUCUGCGAACCAUUUGGCAGACCUGGGUCAAAUGUACAUAAUUGAAAUCCUCCUCACAUGCAGUUGUGUUCUGUAGCGUCGCAGUCGCUGCAGGUUUUAUUUGACUCGACAAAAGCAUUCAAAAACAUUCAGCAAUUGGUGACUUGGAUUUAAACUGAUUUCAAUUGUAGUUUGGCUCAGGUCUGUUACAAUUAUGUGAACACACCAGUAUUCUUAGAAAAACAGUUAUUUUACUUGAAAGGUGUCUACUGUAUUCUACUGUAUAAGGAAUUUUGACUUUUGGUUAUUUUGGUCACGAUGAAGAGGGAUGAAUAUUUGAUCACUGGACUAUGAUGUGGUACUGUUAAAGAGACUUGCCGGGCUCCGAUGAGCCCUAUAUGUAAUGAUUAAAUGUAUUUCUGUAUAUAGCAGAUGAUUUAAUGAAGAGAUUUAUGCAAGUACUAUGGGAGGGAUACUUCGCUUGACAUUGUUCUGGUGCCAUCGAUCUUUUAGUUCCACUGCCUUUAUGGACGGUCAGACUGUUUCUGAAACUUUCUGAGGGUUGCACACAUUUCAGUCUCAUCCGGAUCAUCUUUUCUCACACAAACAAACAGAAAAAAGGAAUAUUACAGAUUUUACAAAGAAUAAGAUGGAUUAGAAUGACAUGUAGUAAAAGGGUGCUUGUUUAGCAGAUCUUACCCUGCAUUUACACUAUUCUUUAUGUUUGAACAAAGCUAAUAUAGCCAUAAUAGUCGAAAUAAUGCAAUUUUUUAGUACAGAGAAUGUCACAGUCUAAAAUGUGUUUACCCUCAUUUUUUCUGAGGAGAAAUGGGUAUCUGUGAGCGCACUGUAUGUAAGGCUCCUCAUCAUUUAGAUGGUACUAAAGGAGAAUAUAGCCAUAUAUUAACUUCACCAAGUGGACAUAAAACAGCUAAGAUAUACAGUGUUAAAAGUGGCAGAUGAUACCAAAUGAGAGUAUAUUAGAUGAGUCAGGAAAUAUAGAUAGAUAUGUAUAACGAGGAUAGUAAUUAUAGUUUAACUUAAAGUGAGCACUUUUAUAAAGAGCCCAAACAGAGAUGAGCAGAAUCAAUGCAAGAUGCUGUUGUAUAGCAUGAAAUAUUCAGAUUAUAUAAGUCUAUAAAAACACUUUGAGGACAACAUUUCAACCAAUCCUGAAACUGCAAAUAAAUAAUCAAAGUUAAACAUUGUAAAUGCCCCAUUUCAGCUAGAGAAUGAUCAGUUACAAGAAGUCUGUGGCUACAGAUGACCCCACACAGGUUUAGUUACAAUGACCUGAGGACGAGUUUCUUUCACAGUCUGACAAUAAAAAGCCCCAAAAAAGCCUGAUUCUGCUGUAUUUUAAGAAUCAAAUGCUUUAACUUUGAUUGGUUUUUGGUCACAUAGAACAUAUAGUUACUGUAUGUCAAAAGAUAAAAUUUACAGAAAAUGUAUUUUGACUUUUAAACUGAUACAGGAAAUGUGGCUCAUCAGAAUUUUCUUGGGGGUGGGAGGGAGUUGCAACGGGGGACUUUGUACUCUUGACGUCAGUAUUUCUAAAGUCGUGACUACGGCCCUGCGACUGUUUUCAUGACUUAAAGUUUAAAUUUACAGGAAAAUAUUGUCAUGUGAAUACAUACAAUAUAUUCACAUCUAUUUAAAAUACAAACACGACAUUCAAUAUUUACAACCUGUCAAGACAAGCCUGUAUGUCAUUUUCAGGUCAGACAUUGUUUAAAUCCCUCCCCUUUUUUUAAAAUCUAGGCCUGUACAUGAUUAAUAUUGGAUGUGGAUAUUUGGGGGGAAGAAAGCAAAGGUAUGAGAUGACAGUACAGGAGCAUUAUGAACGCACAACGGUGCUAUUGGUGUUGAAUCAUCAUCAUCAUCAGACCUGCAGCAACCAUCACAUUUUAAAUGGUACCCAGUGUUUGAACCCCUGUAUGGUAAAAGAAAAAACACUUCCACACGUUUUAUUUGACUCCAUGUUAAAGAGAGGGGCGGGCAGGUUUUGUUUCUCCAAGCAGUAAUUUAAAGAAGGACACUUGAUGCUAUGCUAUAAGUUGAUGUGCAAUGUUUGUGCUUUACACGGGUAGCGGCGAGAUGCUUUUAUUGACGACGGACUCUGGGAUGGACUGACUGUCAGUAGUUUUUUUCUGCCGUUUGAGCCAUGGCAUGAUGCUGUGAUGUCAUGCCGGCACUGAUGAUGUCACACUAUUGUCACUCGGGUGUUGAUGAGGUCACAGUGACGACAACAAUGAAUGCUGUUGGAUGUAGUUAUGCAGAAAACUUUUUGGUGAAUUUAAACAAUAAAGACAAAUUACAAUUC